AUGGUGAAAAUCACGUCUCUGGCGGCCCUCUCGCUGGUCUCAGGUGUCCUUGGUGCACCUGGACCUUCUCAAUCAGAAGGAGACAAGGACCUCGAGGCUCGCCAAGGAUACUACUUCCAAAACUGGUCUGAGGGGGGGAGUAAUAUCAGAUGUGUGAACGGGGCUGGCAGCUCCUACUCUGCAAACUGGAACAGCAAGGGCGGUUUUGUUUGUGGCAAAGGCUGGAGCGGUGGUGGUGCAAGGACGAUCAAGUAUAGCGGCACCUACAAUGCCACAGGUCCCGGCUACCUCGCAGUCUACGGCUGGACGAGGAACCCACUCAUCGAGUAUUACAUCAUCGAAGCCCACGCCGACCUCGCCCCCAACGAGCCGUGGACCUCCAAGGGUAACUUCACUUUCGAUGAGGGCACCUACGAGAUCUUCACCAGCACUCGCGUCAACAAGCCCUCGAUCGAAGGUACCCGGACCUUCCAGCAAUACUGGUCAGUGCGUCAAGAACAACGGGUGGGUGGUACGGUCACGACGAAGACGCACUUUGACGAGUGGGCGAAGCACGGCAUGCGGUUGGGAAACCAUGAUUACGUGGUGCUUGCGACAGAGGGCUACACCAAGGAUGGCGGCCCGGGCAGUGCCGGGUCCUCGAGCAUCACUUUGGGUUGA